GUUUAUUGCGCACAGCACAGCGCAAUUAAGUACUUGCAACAAAUUUUGGAAAUAUAUAAUAUGUUUUUCACAUUAUAAUCAUUUUAUCCGUCUCGAUUACAUUAAAAUCGCUUUAUUGUAGCAAUUGACAUUAACAUAACAAGGAAACGUUUGGUUGUUUGGGAGGAAUGAGGCCAUAUUGAGCAGAGACUUUUUAUUCUAUUAUUACGUCAGUAUAGGUAUUUUUGGUAAGACUGCGAAAUAGAAAAGUGAACGUCAAGAAGCUACCUUAUUGUGGUUCUAAACUAAUGUAAUACAAUCCCUUAAAAGAUGGAAAACACAAAUAACUCUAGCAAUAGAAAAAGUUCAAAAGUCGAUCAAUUGCUGUCAAAACUACCGCCUCCAACCCCACUACCGAGUUUUGUCACUGAUGCUCUAAACGAGACAAAACCUGCCGAAACCAACAUUUCCGAUUUGAAUACUAGCGGCAUGGCCGGUCAAAACUUUCACACUCCAAUAUUCUCCCCUGUAAUUUCAAGCAAACCUGAGGAAACUCCCGAUAUUACAAUGAAUGCGUCCAACGAAACACCAAGUGAUAAGGAAGAAGUUAAAGAUGAACAAGGCAGCAAAGCUGAUCUUUUCAACUGGAUGAAAGGAAGUGGUUCAAGUAUAUUUUCAAUGGUUGCAGAAAAAGCUAAAAGUUCUGUGGACGCAGUGCUUACUACGCUGGACCCUCAAAUGAAAGACACAUUUAACGCUAAUAACAUUGAUAGUUUCGAUGUAGUUGUGGCUACUGAAAAAGAAAUUGUAGUAAGCGCCGUGAGAGAAGGAUUUCAAAAAGUUUUUGGAAAAUUUAAUGUACGAGGUCUAGAAUCACCAAAUCAACCGUUCGCAACGCAGCUCGUUGGUUUUACGGCUGCAUCGCAAGCUACCAAAUACUGUAUAGACGCUGUCAGAAUACACGUGCCAAAAGGACCAAUCGUAGCGUACGAGAGAUUUAUUGUAGAACCCAUUGAAUCUAAAUGGUAUGAAUUUGGUUUAUUAAAACUCAACGACAUGGAACAAAAUAUAGAUCUAGAAAUCUAUACUCAAAGCGUUCCUGUGCCAUCUUCAGUAGUGAGACUUAUUAGUGAUGACACGCCUAAAGAUUACGAACAUUUAUCAACUGGAUUUAGCAUUCCCGUUGCAAACUUUAUGGCGAGUAACUUGAAGGUACACCCGUCAGAAUGGCAAGAAGUGAUGACUGGCAUUAGUCAUAGAUCCUUGUUAUUGUCUGCUGCCAUUUCUUUAGCAAUGGAAUACAAAAACACUUUGGAAUGAGAUUUUAAAAGAUAAUAUUAUAUCAUUAACGUAAAAAUAUUUACACAAUAUGAUUUUGUUUUAGUGUUAGAUCACUGUAUGAAUUUUUUCCAUAAAUUUAAUCAAUACUUAAUUUGUAAAAUACA